AUGCAAACAAAAAAGGCAAGGUUCAAGUUGAAAGAGAGGGAACACUUCAGUACAAGGGUACACGACUGUAGUGCAGCGAGGGAACACGACGGUAGUGCAGAGAAGGAACAAGACUGUAGUGCUGAGAGUGAACACUUCAGUACAAGGGAACACGACGGUAGUGCAGAGAGGGAACACGACGGUAGUGCAGAGAAGGAACAAGACUGUAGUGCAGAGAGUGAACACUUCAGUACAAGGGUACACGACGGUAGUGCAGAGAGGGAACAAGACUGUAGUGCAGAGAGGGAACACUUCAGUACGAGGGAACACGACUGUAGUGCAGAGAGUGAACACUUCAGUACAAGGGUACACGACUGUAGUGCAGAGAGGGAACACGACUGUAGUGCAGAGAGGGAACACUUCAGUACGAGGGAACACGACUGUAGUGCAGAGAGGGAACACUUCAGUACAAGGGUACACGACUGUAGUGCAGCGAGGGAACACGACGGUAGUGCAGAGAAGGAACAAGACUGUAGUGCAGAGAGUGAACACUUCAGUACAAGGGAACACGACGGUAGUGCAGAGAGGGAACACGACGGUAGUGCAGAGAAGGAACAAGACUGUAGUGCAGAGAACGAACACUUCAUUACAAGGGAACACGACGGUAGUGCAGAGAGGGAACAAGACUGUAGUGCAGAGAGGAACACGACGGUAGUGCAGAGAGGGAACAAGACUGUAGUGCAGAGAGGGAACACUUCAGUACAAGGGUACACGACUGUAGUGCAGAGAGGGGAACACGACGGUAGUGCAGAGAAGGAACAAGACUGUAGUGCUGAGAGUGAACACUUCAGUACAAGGGAACACGACGGUAGUGCAGAGAGGGAACACGACUGUAGUGCAGAGAGGAACACGACGGUAGUGCAGAGAGGGAACAAGACUGUAGUGUAG